AUGCAGAGAGUUCUCGAUGCUUUGGGUGUUCAUAGCAGCUUUUGGGAUGAUAUCCUAAGAAUUAUUAUGCGCACGGCAUUUCGAGGAUCGGGUCAUGGCCAUCAACAGUUUAACAUGAACAUAAAUUUGGAUUUGGCCACGAAAGAGGAAGUCGAAAUGGAAGACAUCACUGGAGGAUAUGAGUCGGAUACUGACCAAGUCGCGCAGGGUGUCUCCAGAAGCACCAUCGAGAAGCUCGAGUGGAAUAGCUGCUCUGUUUGGGACGGUGACGGAUGUUGCUGCAUUUGUUUAGAGGAACUAAAUGGGGCGGACAAAGUGAUGGAGAUACCGUGUUCACACCUCUUUCACAGCAAAUGCAUUGUCGAGUGGCUUGAGGCGAACGAUUCAUGUCCGCUGUGUCGUGGCAAAGUAGAAGUAGAAGAUCCUGAGUAG